ACGCAGAGGAAACACGUUUUAAUCCAGUUGAAACACGACCCUGAAUCCUGCUCCUCUCCUAGCCAGGACUUUCGCGUUAUUUAUAACCACCAGCAGCGCAAUAACCCUAAACAAAAUAGAGAGAAAAGAAAACAUUAUUGCUACCGCCGCUAUUUAAAUUGAAAGAACUGACGUUGUCCCGGGCAAAAUAAUUAAAUGAGCGCUUGGGUUGCAUCGUAUAAUAAUAAAGGACUGAAGCGAGCAAUGUGGAAGAGAAAGGAGAAAUAUUAAACCAAAAACAUUGCUGCUCGCAUUGCACCUCGGAUUAUGAGCGUGAUGUUGGUACUGCAGCGGAAACCAGGAGAAGCGGAUGCAAGGAUUUAAAUAAAUAAGAAAUGCCGAGUUGUAAAGGAUAUCUCGCACCUAAAAGGAGGUUGGUUAAAAUCACAAACCCCAAAAAGAGGAGAAUCCCUGGGAUACCUCGGAAUUGCUUCGUAAACCCAACCUAAACUGCGUGUCUGGACUAAAGGGAGUGUUGCACACCACAGUGCAGCAAGACAACAGACGUGAUUCCAAAACAGCGGAUGGAUGGAUCCUGAGAUACCAGACCUGGGGUUCAAAACUGGCACUGCUGGGUUUACACAAAAGAAGAAGAAAAAAAGACGUUUUUAUUGGGACGAUUUCUUAAGUGUUGCGUUGAGCAUUCUCGUUAUUCGUUUGGGUCUUCAGAGAAAUUGGCGCCCCCUCCCCUAGCCCUCCCUCAUCUUCCAUCCUCGAUUCAGAAACACGUCUGGUUUGGGAAUCAUUACCCCCCAUCUUACCUUGGACCCCUAACCCUCGUUCUUUUGACCUGACAAGUGAAUCUCAGGGACCUCGAACUGAGGAUUCCUCUCCCUAAAUCUCUCCACCCAUAAAUUCCCUCCCUCCCUGGACCUGUAUCCCAUGCUUAUCAUUGAACCCACUUACCAUGUGCCAAGCCCUUUCAAACCACAAACCCAACCCACUUGCCCUGAAUCCCAAUUUGACCUGCUUAUUAUCACGUUUAUAUUACAUAAAGUCUCUUUAAACCUUACACCUUUAUCAAGCACGGGUCUCACACACCUUGCCUCAGCGAUUCAGUGGAACCCCCACUUCCCUGGGCAGCCCGCUCUCCUCUCCCUGUGCUCCCCUCGCUCUGAAUGGCCAUGGCAGCCUCUGCUCGGGAGCACCUGCAGUAUGUGCGUCGGCGCAAUCCCCAGAUGCGCUACACGCUGAGCCCGGAGAACCUGCAGAGCCUGGCUGCCCAGAACGCAGGCCCUGCCGAGCCAAUGAGCUUCCAGCGUGCCAACAGCGACACGGACCUGGUCACCUCCGACAGCCGCUCCUCGCUUACCGCCAGCACCUACGAGUUCACGCUCGGCCUGGCGCAGGACCUCAUCAUCUCCUGGGACAUCAAGGAGGAGGUGGAUGCCACGGACUGGAUCGGCCUCUACCACAUCGAUGAGAACUGCCCCUCAAAUGUGUGGGACUCAAAGAACCGUGGGGUGAACGGCACCCAGAAGGGGCAGAUCGUGUGGAGGCUGGAGCCUGGGCCAUACUUCAUGGAACCUGAAAUAAAGAUCUGUUUCAAGUACUACCACGGGGUGAGCGGUGCUCUGCGCGCAACGACGGCCUGCAUCACUGUCAAGAACCCCGGGGUGGUGGUGGGAGCGGAGGGGCUGGCUGAAGGAGACAUGAUCGCACAGCCCUGUCGGAAACUCGUCAGCUUCACACUGUCAGAUCUCCGAGCCCUGGGCUUGAAGAAGGGCAUGUUCUUUAACCCCGACCCGUACCUGAAGAUGUCCAUCAAGCCAGGAAAGAAGAUCUCCUUCCUCACCUUCGCCCACCACGGCCAGGAGAGACGGUCCACCAUCAUCGCCAACACCACCAACCCAGUGUGGCGUGGCGAGAAGUAUUCCUUUGUGGCCUUGCUCACUGACGUGUUGGAGAUUGAGGUGAAGGACAAGUUCGCCAAGAGCCGACCGAUCAUCAAGCGCUUCCUGGGGAAACUCGUCAUCCCGGUCCAGAGACUGCUGGAGAGGAACGCCAUUGGGGAUCAGAUCCUGAGCUACAUGCUGUGCCGGCGGCUCCCCACAGACCAUGUGAGCGGGCAGCUGCAGUUCAGAGUGGAGAUCACCUCCUCUGUGCAUGAAGAUGCCUCUCCGGAUACGAUGGGCACUUUCCUAGGGGGAGCGACGGUGAACGGGGACCCGGAGAGUCCCUCUGAUGAUGAGGACAUGCUAGGGAACCCCCCCACUGCCAGGGGACCAUCCCCCACAGGCUCAGAGGGGUCUCUGUUGGGGGAGGCAGCCCCCCAGCCCCUCUCCAGCGAUACCUGGGGCAGAGAGGAGGAGGAGGAGCAGGAGGGAUGGCCACAGCCGACUGAGAGCGAGUCCCCGACCCACUGCAACCAGACCUUGCGGCAGGAAUCCCUUAACGAUUACCUGGACGCUCUGGAGCCCAAACCGGGGGCCAGAGGCGGGGCGGUGGGUCCCAGUGAGAGGCCCAUCGGCGGGGCCUCCCCCAAACUGAGGAGCAGCUUCCCCACGGACACGCGGCUCAGCGCCAUGCUGCACAUCGACUCAGACGAGGACGAGGAGCAGCUGGAGGAGGAGGGUGCGGCGCUGGAGGGGGGGCUGCUGAUGCUGAACGGGGGCCUCCGGCAGCUCAAUGGCAGCAGGGAGUCCAAGGGGGAGGAAGAGGAGGAGGAGGAGGGGAUGGGCAGCCUGCACCAGCUCCUGAAAAAAUUGCCCUCCACACACCUGCUGGAGGACGACGAGGCGGAGGAGAGGAAGUCCGGAGCCAUGCAGGACCAUGACACCGAGACCACGGAGGGGAACGGCACUAGGCGCCUGUCAUCCAUGGCCUGCUCCUCUUCCUUUGAGAGCACAAAGGAACCAGCCUCCUUCUUCCCAGCCUCCUUCUCACAGGAGGAAGAGGAUGGGGAGGCAACGAACACUGCAGAUCAAGGAGGGGGGGCUUCCUCUGAAGCCACACCCCCUGCAUCCUCUGACACCCUCGAUGAAGAGGGAGGGGCCUGUGGGGGUGCGGUAGGUGGGGAGGAGCCUCAGCCAACUGUCUCGGCCAGUGAGGAAGAGGCAGAGGAGAUCUGGCAGAGGAGGCGGAGCAUGCAGGCAGCAGGGGGCGAGUCUCCAGAAGAGGAAGUGACGUCAGCAGGGACUGUGGCAGAGGCAGGGGCAGAUGGGUCUGAAGUCUCAAGUCAGGGAGCAGCAGAGACAGACCGAGACGCAGACUCCCAGUCGAACGAGCACCAGCCCAUGCGCUCCCUGCCCUCCGUGCGGCAGGAGAUAAGCCGGUACCAGCGUGUAGACGAGUCGCUACCUCCCAACUGGGAGGCGCGCAUCGACAGCCAUGGGCGCAUUUUCUAUGUGGACCACGUGAACCGGACCACCACGUGGCAGAAGCCCACCACGCCGGCCGCCUCCCAGGUCCUGCAGAGAUCCGACUCCAUACAGCAGAUGGAGCAGCUGAACCGCAGGUACCAGAGUAUCCGCAGGACCAUAACCAACAAUCGCUCGGAGGACCAGGCUCCAGAGGCUCCCCCUGAGGACAAUGACCUGAUGCACCACACCAUCCCAGAGUACCGGCGUGACAGCACCCUGCCCCCCUCCAGCUCGCGCUCCCGCCUCUCCCUGCUGCUGCAGUCACCCUCCGCCAAGUUCCUGACCAGCCCUGAGUUCUUCACCAUGCUGCAUUCCAACCCUAGUGCCUAUCGUAUGUUUACAAACAACACGUGUCUGAAGCACAUGAUCACCAAAGUGCGCCGCGACACGCACUACUUCGAGCGCUACCUGCACAACCGCGACCUGGUGACGUUUCUCAACAUGUUCGCCAACAAGCAGCUGGAGCUGCCACGUGGCUGGGAGAUGAAACACGACCACCAGGGCAAGCCCUUCUUCGUGGAUCACAACUGCCGCAGCACGACCUUCAUCGACCCCCGGCUCCCCCUGCAGAGCAGCCGCCCCACCAGCGUGCUGGCACACCGGCAACACCUGACCCGGCAGCGCAGCCACAGCGCAGGGGAGGUGAGCACGCGCCGCCUGGUCGGUGAUGAAUCUCGGCACUCGGGCCCCCCGGUUCUGCCACGUCCAUCCAGCACCUUCAACACAGUGAACCGGAACCAGUACCAGGACCUGGUGCCAGUGGCCUACAAUGAUAAGAUAGUGGCGUUUCUGAGACAGCCCAACAUCUUCGAGAUCCUGCAGGAGAGGCAGCCGGAGCUCGUCAGGAACCAUCCGCUCAGGGAGAAGGUACAGUUCAUCCGCAGUGAGGGCACCACAGGGCUGCUGAGACUCUCCAGUGAUGCAGACCUGGUCAUGCUGCUCAGUCUGUUUGAAGAGGAGGUGAUGUCAUACGUGCCUCCACACGUCUUACUGCAUCCCAGUUACUGUCAGUCACCACGGGGCUCGCCAGUCUCCUCCCCACAGAACUCUCCAGGUACCCAGAGAGCCAACGCCCGCGCCCCUGCACCCUACAAGAGAGACUUUGAGGCCAAACUGCGCAACUUCUACCGGAAACUGGAGACCAAGGGCUAUGGACAGGGGCCGGGGAAGUUAAAGCUCAUCAUUCGGAGAGAUCACCUGCUGGAAGACGCCUUCAAUCAGAUCAUGGGCUACUCCCGCAAGGACCUGCAGAGGAACAAGCUCUACGUCACCUUCGUGGGAGAGGAGGGGCUGGAUUACAGCGGCCCCUCGAGGGAGUUCUUCUUCCUGGUGUCCCGGGAGCUGUUCAAUCCGUACUACGGCCUGUUUGAGUACUCGGCUAAUGACACCUACACCGUGCAGAUCAGCCCCAUGUCUGCCUUCGUGGACAACCAUCACGAGUGGUUCCGGUUCAGUGGCCGUAUCCUGGGCCUGGCUCUCAUUCACCAGUACCUGCUGGACGCCUUCUUCACAAGACCCUUCUACAAGGGGCUGCUGAGGAUCCCCUGUGAGCUGAGUGAUCUGGAGUACCUGGACGAGGAGUUCCACCAGAGCCUGCAGUGGAUGAAGGACAACGACAUCAGCGACAUGCUGGACCUCACCUUCACCGUCAACGAGGAGGUCUUCGGACAGAUCACUGAGCGUGAGCUGAAGCCAGGGGGCGCUAACAUCCCUGUGUCAGAGAAGAACAAGAAGGAGUACAUCGAGCGCAUGGUGAAGUGGAGGAUCGAGAGGGGCGUGGUGCAGCAGACUGAGAGCAUGGUCCGUGGCUUCUACGAGGUGGUGGAUGCCCGGCUGGUGUCAGUGUUCGAUGCCCGGGAGCUGGAGCUGGUGAUCGCUGGCACAGCGGAGAUUGACCUGAGUGACUGGAGGAGCAACACGGAAUACAGAGGAGGUUACCAUGACAGCCACAUUGUGAUCCGGUGGUUCUGGGCAGCAGUGGAGCGGUUCAAUAAUGAGCAGAGGCUGCGGCUGUUGCAGUUUGUGACAGGGACCUCCAGCAUCCCCUACGAGGGCUUUGCUUCUCUGCGCGGGAGCAAUGGACCCAGGAGGUUCUGUGUGGAGAAGUGGGGCAAGAUUACCUCGCUACCCAGAGCUCACACCUGUUUUAACCGGCUGGACCUGCCUCCCUACCCCUCCUUCUCAAUGCUGUACGAGAAGAUGCUGACUGCGGUGGAGGAAACGAGCACCUUCGGCCUGGAGUGAGACCCUCCCCACCCCACCUCACCUCACCCUGCCUCACACUGCUUGGUACCUAAGGACGCCUGGGGCUCAGCAAGACCCGUCAGAGGAAUGGACCUUCAUAGAGAGGCGUCUGACAGGCUUCAGUGGAGCAGGGAAGAAAAGGUGGGGGGGGGGGUUUGGAUAAACAAAGCCUCACCUCAACUGAGGAGCAUAAGCCAUUUUAGGAAAAUAUGGGAUUAGGUUGCAGGAGUCAGAAUAUAGGGUUUUGGAUUCAGAAAGGGGGAUUGGCUGGAGGGAAUUCCCCUAAGUCAUUGCUCCCAAUACCACUGUUCAGCAAGUUUGCAAUACACUGAAGAAAAGACAAGCUGGGAUUGGCUAGUACUGAAGGACACUCCUCUCUCCUCAAUAUCAACCAACUGGGAAUCAAAGAACAUACACCUCCACCAAUCACAGGAGCAAUGGAAGAAGGAAUAUGUAUAUUUAAUGGUAGCUUUAUAGUAAAGCUACCAUUAACAUGGUCGCGGCAUAUUACUAUUUUAAUUAUUUUUUGUUUUUUAAAAAAAUGAAGACUGAGUAAUUUCUGUAUCUUUGAGCUUUGAUACACACACGCACACGCUGGACUGCUACUUGCAUAUAAUCUUAGUACUAUUGAAUGUGUAUCAUGAAACAAUCCUAUAUGAAUGCUAUCUGAAGGAAUGAUUUUAUUUGGUUGAUCCCCUUACUGCACUGUAUUGUAGAGGCCCCCUCCUCUCUCUCACACUAUGGUUUGUAGGUGCAUUCGAGGGGAGCUUGCUCUCAGAUUGGAGUCCCGAACCGUUUACUCACCACACUUCAGCCCAUCGUUUUGGAAUCGGACUGACUCAAGGACGACCCUUUGGGAUCUUUUACCUUCAUUCCAGAGCAUCCUUUCUUUUGGACUUUCCUCGAUGUAUUCCUGUAACAGAGCACCCUCACAUGCAGCGCCUUGCUCUUUUAAACAGUGACUGGCAAUGCCCAGCAGCAACCCUGGAGGGCAGAUCAGAGGGUGAACCCCAAGACUCUGUGCGCUUGUUGCUGCUGCUGAAGAUUUCUGGCAUCUCUGCACUGGCACACUGCAUUUAUUGUAGCACUUAGAAUGUUAUGAAUAUUAGGGGUGUCCACAGGUUAAGUGGUUUGGAGGAGGGGCUGAAUGUUGUGUGUGUGUUUGUGUGUGUGUGUAUGCAUGCGUGUGUGUGUGUGUGUGUGUAUCACUCUACUAAAGUACUGAGGACAUUGCAUGUAUAUAUACCAGUAAAGUGAGGGCAAAAAUGACGUCACUCAGUAUUGCUUUGCAGUAUGCUUUCUAGGUUGUGUGUGUUUUUUUUUUUUUACUGGAUUAAGGAAUCAUAAAUUAUACUAUACUGUAAUGUCUUCACUAACAUAGUAAAGUGAACAUGUAUGCAUGCGUGCAUGUUGCGUGUGUGUUCGGGUUAGUGAUUUGAGUGUUCCUGUAUGCACCAGUACACUGCAACUUGCAUUGUCUUAAUUUUCUGCCUAAACCCCAGCACUGCUGCUGUCUCUUGAGAUUAUAACAGUCAUCGUCAUGGCUGCUUCAAUGAACAAUUGAACAUUUGACACUGUAAGAAAUAUGGCGGUAGUUUUAGACUACAGAUGCUGUAGAUUCUUCUACUUCAGAUUCAGAGCUAUGGAACAGGAAUUCUGUUGGCAGCUGUGCUCUCUGCUAAAGUGAAUUGGUUAUGCUGUACAGUUUCCACAGGAUUCUGCAGCGUUUAAUCCGUUUGAGUGCUGUUUGGGUUCAAGAAUGGCUAGUAGGUCUGUACUGGGACACUGACUAGUGUGUCUGUGGUAGGAGGGGAUCCAGUCACAGGGUUGGACUGUGAGAUUACAGUAAGGGGUGCCAAAGCUAAAGCAAGGACAAACUGGAAACGCAGGGCUGCGAUUCUACUGGAGCAAAACACUACGCUGAACUAAGAGAGCCGAUUUCACACCUUAAACUGCAUGAAGAACAAAAAAAAGAAUGAAAGAAAUAAAACAAACAUUAAAAAACCUUCAGAAAAUGAAGUGUUAAAAUUCAGUAGCGCAUCCUUGGGUAUGAGAACCAAGACUACAGUCAGGGUCCUUCCCACUGCCCUCUGGCUGUGUGUGUGCAGGGUUCAUGUACGCUGGAGCGGGCUGUGGAGAAACACUCAAGUCUCCUUCGUGGUUUACAUGUAUACUGCACUGCCCCUGAGCCACAGCAACACGGCAUGUGGAGUCAUGCUACCCUCACAAGUUUAUAAAAGUGUAAUAUAGCACAGUCAAAGCAUGGCAAAGCCCAGAAAAAAGUGGAAAACUAUGGGAAACGCAUGGUAAAGCACUGGAAAGCCGCAAUAAGAGCGUGGUAAACUGUUAUAAGGGUAGGGAGGGCAGAAAUGUGCUUCAUGUCCUAGAAAAGUUAUUUUUUGAGGGCUGUGUGGAAUUAGAACAAAUCCAUGAAACAGUGAAUCAUUUAUUUUAAUCUGUAAAGAAAUGUCCUUUGAAGCCAUAAUUAUUUAAUUAGUAACUGUAUUUCCAGAUUUGCUACUGCACUACCUCUAUCUGCACAUUUAAAGGGUGCAGAAAAAAAGGUAAAACAGUACAUGGGAUCAUCACAUUAUCAAGAAAGCUGCAGCUGGUGGCCCCCUCUAGUUGUAUAAACUACAGUAUAUUAUAAGCUUAUAGUUUUUGUUACAGUCCUCAUCAUACAGCAGCACACUUGAAAUUGGGUGUAAUCUAGUUUGGUCUGGAAGGGGGUGACACUGUAUCUCAGUGUAUCCUAGUGUUGAUCAGUAUGCUCUCACGUUCAAGCAUGAUGAAUAUUCACACGAAGCUCACUGUCGCCCCCUGAUUUUUGUUUACUUGUGUGGACAUUAAUCACUUCAAAGCAUGCAGGGGGGGAGGGUGUCCCCUCAAAUCCAACUGGAGGACGGGGUCAAAGACACAGGUUGUGGUUUCUGUGUAGUAAGGCAUCUGCUAUUCAGGUGAGUCAUACCAGAGUCAGGAUCUCCAAUCUUUGAUUCAGCCUGGGGUCUUGUGUUAUUCCCCCCCCCCCCCUUUUCAGUAAACAAUCAGUUUUUUAAAAUGAUCUUGUUUGAAAUCCUGUGUGCUGUGUUGCUUCAGCACUGGGGUGGAGAUGUCACUGGUUUCAUAUAUCCAUACUAUGCAAUUUCUCCAUGGCAUAGCUUGAUUGUAAAAGAACAAAGCGCUUUGUGUUGGUUGUGGGCUCUGUGGGGGGUGGAUGGAAACCCAUUGCAAUUGCAUAAACCAAGUCUCAGGAUGGUAAUGCAUAUGUAUACAGUAUAAAAUCCCUGGAUAGUCCAUAUUACAAGUCUCUCUCACACACUUUACUGUACAUAAUUACUCAGAUUCUCAAACUACUACCUCCCAGUCUUAAAAUUGAGAAGGAUAAGAAGGUUCCCCUGCCCCAGUACUGUGCCCCCAUCACUAACCUCUACUCCCUCCCAGUCCUUCAUCUGUAACCACAUGACUAGACCACACUGCCUCCCUCCUAGUCCCUCAUCUCUUAUCACUAGAUCACACUCCCUUCUAGUUGCUCAUCUCUGACCACUAGACCAUACUUCUAUCCACACUCCCUCCCACCCAUGCACCCAAUCAAUGGUGUGGCCAGGAUUUUGUUUCAGGGAUGGAUGGAGAUUGGAUGAUGGCUAAUAACACUGGCAUAGAAAAGAUUUGGUCCCAAGGGGACUGGAAGUGAAUCACCAGGAUUUUGUUUGGGGGGGGGUCAAAUCCCUAAAACCACCCCCUAGCUGCACCCAGUCCCUCAGCUCUAACCACUAGACUACACUGCUGUCCUCCCAGUCCCUCAGCUCCAACCACUAAACCACUCUGCCUCCCUCUCCUCUUUACACAAUUGUAUGGGUUGUGGCAGCUGCUGUAUUGACUGUUCUAUAACCAAUGCUGCAACUGAGUCAAUGAGCAGGCAUGAGCUGGUUCAGGACUCAGGGUCGACCCCCCCUCCCCCCAUCUCAUUGUGCUCCUUUAAAGAAUGUUGUAAAGAGUGCAGUAACCAUCAUGUUCAGGGUACAGUGAGGUUUGUAUUCAUGUUGCUAUUGCUCUGCCCGAUAGACACUUUUUUUGCUCCCUGGAGAACAACAUGACUGAAUUAAUUAGAAUUCAUAAGCAAUAUGUUAGUGGACCUGGUGUACAGAGCAGACACACUAAUAAAAUCACCUUUUCUACUGUCAA